AUGGUUUUAUAUUUAUUACUUCUCUCCUUAGCAAGUGGUUUCAAAGUAAUUGUCAGAGACAACUAUCCUCUUUCCUCUUGUGACCGUACAGGCUAUGAAGUAGAAUUUUUAUUACAGUCAUUUGCCAAGAGUAAUUUAGUAGAAAAUACUGAUUUUUCGAUAUCCUGUGAAACUUCAACUGAUGAUACUCAAAAUUCUUUAUUAUCAGAUGAUGUAAUUGCAAUAGGAGGCAUCCCUAUUACUUCUACCUGAAUGGAAAAAUUAAAGAAAUUAAACGAUUAUGCUAUAGAAAUUGCCCCACACGGGAUUGAACCCACGUGUGGGGUCAUUUUUGGUACGUGGAAGUCAAUAUUCCUCACAUACCAAAAAUGGCCCCACACGGGGGUUCAAUUCCCGUGUGGGGCCUGUUUUUUGAAUUGCCCGAGGAUGGCGCAAAAUUGCGCCAUCCUCGGGCAAUUUCUAUAGCUGUAAGCGGAUAAUCCACUGGUCAUCACCUAUCUUUAUUCCAACCUGAGCCACCUGUUCAAUGAAUUAGCUCGCUAGUCAGAGCCACUGUCAUAAGGUGCUCCAAUGGUUUUGAUAUGAAGCAUCCAUGUGCUUGGCAAAACCUGUCUAGCCCAUCUGGUAGGGGAUAUGGGAGAAACGAAAUAUCCUGCUUCAGUAGGCUCCCCAUUCAAAUGGUCUAAUUAGCUUAAAAACGGCUCACUUUCGCAGCCAAUCGCACCGGUUCACCACUUAUCAGGAAGUGUCACCUCUGGGUCCUGUUCCCAUCAACGCCACCAUUUUAUUUCUGAAUGGAAAAAGGAAUAUCAUUUUCCUACCCAACAAUGACAUCAGGGCUAAAUGUUCUAGUAAACAAACAAGAAUCAGGCAGCCCAUGGAAGCUUUUUAAAGUAUUUGCUAUAGAAAUAUGGAUUUUAUUGCUAGUUACUCCACUUAUUUUAGGAUUUAUAAGCUGGGGGUAUGCGAAUAUUAUUCAUGGGAAAUUAAUGCCAGGGCUAUCUGAUAUUGAUACUUUAAUUGAACUUAUAUGGAAUUCUUAUUCAAGCUGAAUGCUAUUUUCCCCUGAACAAAUAAAAUCAAUUGGAAAAACCACCUCUGUGAGUAGCAAAAAAUGUUUUGAUAUGAAAAUGAUAAGUGCUAUAAUGAAAUUUCUUACUAAUUCUGCUGAAUUUAAACAGGGUUUGCAUUCUAAAGCAUAAGUUUUGUAAUUUUUUAAUUUAAUUUUAAAUUUCAAAAAAAUUAACCCUCAUGUGGAUAAAAUUUUUAUUUGCUUAAUGAAGAGGGAGUAAGAAAUGACGCAGAUGACAAAGGAGUAGGAAAAUUAUUAAGCUGCGCCAUAGGAAUUGCGAUGACUAUGAUGUUUUAUGGCUAUAUAACUUCUUAUGUUAUAACAACAUAUGAAGAGCUUCAAUCUUUUGUAGUCAGUUAUGCUGAUGUGGUUGGGGAGCUUGUGAUUGUAGACCCAAAUUAUCAAGACAUGGCUGGGGAGUAUGCUUUUUAUUAUUAUGUGUUUGAUGAUAACUUUUAUGAUAAAUUUGAUGUGGCACUAGAGUACCUAAAAAAUAAAACUGUUUUAGGACUGAUUUCAGAUCAUUGCUUUCUUGCUUAUAAAGCUGAGCAGUAUUCUGACUAUGUAUUGCCAAGCAGCCCAUUUUUGCCUUACAGAUUUGCAGCGGCAAUUGGACAAGUUAAGUUAAUGCUUAUUCAUAAGCGGACUUAACCCACAGGCAUCGGCUUGUCUUAGCUCAAAAAUCAGUCUGAAUAUACCUCUUAUUGCAAAUGAGGUAAAUGUCUAGCCCCAUCUGGCAGAGACAGGAAACCUUCGGGAAGAAACAAAAUAUCUCUUUUCGGCAAGGCUUCCUAAAUAAAGCCCGGGGCCUACUUCAAAAAGGAUAGAGUCACUAUUUUUAGCUUAUAGGGAUUAAUCCGACCCCCUCCAUAUUAGUUUCUCGAAGUUAAAUGGACAAGGAGUGUCUUCUUCUGAUAUCAAAAAAAUUAAUAAAGCUUUUUCCGAUUUUACUAUGACAAACUCGCCUACAGAUUUAACAGAAAAAUAUAAUCUUUUUAUAGACCAAGCUAUUCGAAAGCAGCGCUCAAUAGACGCAAGGAUAGCUCAAUGACUAUUUGUUAUCGUAAUAAUUGUGUCAAUAUUUUCAAUAGGCCUUAGUAUAUGAAAUCACCCCAAAUUUAGAAGCAAAACAUGGGGGAAUUUUUGCGUAAAGCAAAUUUAUUCAGCAGAAACUGACUAUGAUAACGCGACACAGCGUUCAGAUAUAAAUCUUGUAAAAAACACGAGAAGUGUAUCAGAAAUUCAAUUGACGAUUGAUAACACACAAGAUUUCUCAGAAAGAGAGCUUCCUUUACCAUUUAUUAGUGAUAUGAGAGAAGAGCAAUUAAAGCUUAUUAGAAACGCCACGCUUUCCCUUAUCAUGUAUGAGCACAAUUUUCUUGCAAAUAUUGACAAAUUGAUAUCAUUUGUGGAAGACGAGACUCAAAGAAAAGGAAAUAUGACUGACUCCCCCCCAUCCUUGAUCAAACGACUCGCCAUCGUUCGAUCAAGGAUGGGAGCUAAAAACAAAUUUUUUGGGAAAAAAAAUUUUAUAUAUAAAAUACAAAAUACAUAUAUAUUUUUUUUAUUUACUUUUAAAUAAGAGGGUUAAGAGUAUUUAAUAAUUAUUUUUACAGCAAAAAAUUGAAUUAAUUUCAUGAAAAUACCAAUUUUUAAUAUUUUGAUUUAUUAGUUACUGUAUAAAUUUUAAACUUGUUCCUUAUUAAAUUAAAAUUUUUUUUUUAAUUUUUAAAGAAUCUCUUUUUAUUAGAUUAUUGAGUUUUUAAGCCUAGGUUGAUGACUAAAUCACUUCGGCUGGUUGAUUUCGAAGCUUUUUGUCGUCUCAAAGUCUCUGAAAGCAACUUAAUUAUGUACAUCUUCCAAGCUUUUGAAAACUAAUAUAUUUUUAUAUAUAUAACAAUUUGCAUGAUAUGAAAAUCGUUCGAUCAAGGAUGGGGGUUAAUUUCCCCAAUUUUUAGGAAUUUUUACAGUCAAUCGUUCGAUCAAGGAUAGGGGGGGAGUGAGCAAAUGCAUAAACUUUUAGAAAAAAUUGAUAAAAUGCCUAAAUAUUAA